AUGUACCUCGCCUUUGUCCUUGACUUGGGGGCGAAAUACGAUCAACAAGCUCGCUUUUGGGGUGUUCCUGCGAUUCCCAGCGCCUCUAUUCCCCCCAACUCUUCUCUCUACGGUAUGGCUACAAUGCGUCGGCGGGAGAAGAUGGUCAUUCCAUUUGAGCCAAUUUCUUUCUCGCAACAUACUACAGGCAGAGGCCCGGCCCAGUCUCCCCCUGAAAGGGAAGAAGACGCUCCUGCAGAGAUUCUCUACCUUGACGGCCUGAGGGGCUUUGCGUCUCUCCUGGUCUACAUACAUCAUCACGUCCUUUGGGCACAUAGCUCUGCCCACAGUAUUAUUGAGCGAUCUUUUGGCUACAGACAACGAUAUCACUUCAUCACUCUACCGAUUGUUCGCAUCGUCUUCAAUGGCGGUCACUUUGGAACGGCCUGCCUUUUCAUUUUAUCUGGUUACGUCUUAUCUAUAAAGAUACUCAGGUUCCAUAAUGCCACCGCACAGACAUCUCCAAGCAAAGUGGAAAAGAUCCAACUGCUCGACCAUGUCCGCUCAGCUAUUAUUCGAAGAUGGUUCAGGCUCUACUUGCCUUUGUUUUCCACUACCUUUGCGCAGAUUACAUUAAUUCACUAUUUGAACCUCCGAGUAUCAGCGUUUGAGCCCAAAGCAACAUAUAUUCAGGAGAUAAAAGCUUUGAUCGGUGAAUUCCUCGACUUCACCUUCAUUUACAACCGUACAGCUUCCCCAUGGCUAAGUUACAAUGACCACUUAUGUGUUACUACUGGUGUAUGGUGUGUCGCCUUACCGACGAAUGGCUUUAUAUGUAGUGUUAGUAACAUAUUUCCUAUUCCUAGUGACUGA